AUGGCUUCCGCUGCGGCCCCUGACGCGGCUCCGGCUCCGCUUCUCCCGGUGGCGGCUCUCCCGGACGGCUACACCAUCCACUCCGGCUACCCGCCAAUCCCAGUUUACAUCCACCUCCGUGCUGCAUCAGGCUUGCACCCGAAGACACCCGCCCAGGCCGCCCCCAUUGCCCGUAACAGCUGGUACGGUUGUUAUAUCACCUUCUCUCCCACCGGCGCCGGCACCACCAGCAGCACCAACGAUAGCACCAACAACACCAGCACUGAAAAUGAAGAGAUUAUUGUUGCUAUGGGCCGCAUCAUAGGGGAUGGUGGUUGGUAUUUCCACAUCGCCGACAUGGCGGUCCUGCCAGAACACCAGCGCAAGGGGUUGGGGGACGCCGUGCUGAAGCAUCUGAUGGAAUACAUCAAAACGCAUGCGCCGCAGGACGGGACAGGAACCUAUGUCACACUUUUUGCCGAUGCUCCCGGGCGGAGGCUGUAUGCGAAGAAUGGGUUCGUCGAGACCAUGCCUGGGCAGAUGGGGAUGGCCAUGCCGUUGGGGUGGGAGAGGAGUUGA